AUAUUUUAUAUUUUAUAUUUUAUAUUUUAUAUUUUAUGUCAUUGACGUGGCGCCACCUGGAGGUAAACACCGAGCCGUGCAUCAUUUCAUCGGUCAUCCAUUAACCGCCCUCGCGGUGAAUGAUUAUCGAUUGUAUCGAUCCAAAGUUCACUUCCUAACUGAAAUCUAAAACCAUGUCCCUAAGAAGUCUCUCUUGUCGGAAGUGGUUUCAUUUGGGGGAUUUCCUCGUCGCCCCGUGGAAUAAGUCGCUACGAAGCUCCUCCAGGGGUUACUACAACAGCGGGACGUCCAGAGACCAAGAGGCGGCCCGGGCGGCUCGUGUCCGGGUUGUGGACCUCCGCAGCGACACGGUGACCAAGCCUGGAGCGGCGAUGCGUCAGGCCAUGGCCGAGGCCGAGGUCGGAGACGAUGUGAUGGGGGAAGACCCGACGGUUAACGAGUUGCAGAAGAUUGCAGGCGAUAUGUUUGGGAUGGAAGCCGCACUGUUCGUCCCUUCUGGAACCAUGAGCAACCUCAUUGCAGUGAUGGUGCACUGCAGGGAGCGUGGCGAUGAGGUGAUUGUGGGCGACCUGUCUCAUCUCCACAUCUAUGAGCAAGGAGGCAGCGCACAGUUGGCCGGCGUCCACGCCACCACAACCACCACCCUUGCCGACGGUACCUUUGACUUGGACCAGCUGGUGUCAAAGAUCCGCCACGGAUACCCAGACCCGCACUACCCACGUUCACGCCUCAUUUGCGUGGAGAACACGCAUAACAUACAAGGCGGACGCGUCAUUCCGCUGCGCUUCCUGCAGGAGGUGCGCGCUGUUGCUGACGAACACGCUUUGGCGGUUCACAUGGACGGAGCCCGGGUGAUGAACGCUGCGGUGGCACUGGGGGUGCCCGUGUCUGCCAUACUGCGGCACACGCACACUGUUAGCGUGUGUCUCUCCAAGGGACUUGGGGCACCGGUUGGAACCAUGCUAGCCGGCUCUAAAGAUUUCAUAUCUCGGGCGCUGAGAUGUCGGAAAGCCCUGGGUGGUGGGAUGCGUCAGGCCGGCAUACUUGCAGCGGCAGGGAAACUAUCUUUGCUGGAGAUGGUUGAAAGACUACAAGAAGAUCAUAACAACGCAAGAACAUUUGCUGAAGCUUUGCAGGACUGCGACCCCGCUCUAUUUGCUGUGGACAUGGCCGCCGUGGAGACAAACAUACUGCGUUUCCAAAUCCAAGAACCUACCUUGAGUCCCUCGGAGUUCUGUAGCCGCAUGGGCCGGGUCGCGGAGGGAGAGGAGGACUCGCUUGGACAGGGGGUACAAGUCCUCAUGUAUCCUCAUUUUGGGAAUUCCGUAAGAGCCGUCUGGCAUCUCGGGAUAUCGGCUGAAGAUACACAGCUGGCCAUCCAGAAAAUGCACUUUGUCGCCCGUCAGUACUUGAAGAAAAACCAAAGAGGAUAGUCAUACAUUUUGCGGAAGAUCUGAUAUUGAAAAACAAGAGACUUUUGUAAUAUAAAUACAGUAAAUCCCCUGCUAUUUGGUGGGGUUUUUCUAGCCUUGAUAUAUCAAUCAAAGCUGAUAUAUGUUUAUUAUGUGUAGACCAGGGGUGGGCAAACUUUUUGACUCGC